CGCAAUUCUGGAAAGACAGAUGAAGAUGAUUGAAAAAAAUGAUUUUAUACAUUUUGUUUUUAUCUUAGUAGCAUACUAUUCUAUGCUUCAGACGGGGAACUACAGAAUAAAAGCACAGAAUUAUAAUCUAAGCCAAAAGUGUCACGCAGGACGCAGGUUUUUUGCUUCUUGAUCAUCCUUUCCGUUGUUAUUUUAAUGUUAUUGUUAUUUGUCUUUUACUAUCUACAUUAUAAGACGAUAAACAUAAUUGAGUGAAAUAUUUAAUUGGAAGAAAAGGACUAAUUGAAGUUUAAUAAUUUUAUUUAUACUAUAUUUUAUAAUGGAGAAAAAAUCAAUUAACGAGGAAAAAUAUAGUUUGAAAUGGAACAGCCACAACAGUAUCAUCACAAAUAAUGUUUUAGAACAUUUGACUGGAGAAGAACUUUGCGAUGUUACUCUGAGUUGUGGAGGAAAAUUUAUUAAAGCUCAUAAAUUGAUUUUAUCUGCUUCCAGCAAAUAUUUUAAGGAACUUUUUCAGGUUCAUAAAGAUCGAAAUCCUAUCAUAAUAUUGGCAAAUGUACAAUUCGAAUUUAUACAAUGUAUUGUUGAUUAUAUAUAUAAAGGAGAAAUGAAACUCAAGUCAACAGAAAUAGAAGAUAUUUUGAAAUUAGGAAACGAUUUGAAAAUAAAGGGACUACAAGGUGUUUUGAAUAAAAAUUUUCAAAUACCAGAGAAGCAAGUUGGGAAACCUCUGGAGAAAAAUGAGGAUCUUAAAAAAAAUCCAGAGUACCAAGAAAAACAAAGCCCGCCUGAAAAUCAACUUUCUGAAAGUCCAAUUUCGGUUGAUGUUGUAACACGAGACACGCACACAGUUUUGAAGACAGCUCAUCAAAAAAAUGGUGAUGCUGUUAAAACUAAAGGAACUGAAAAAUGUAUCAAACAGAUUGGAGAUAGUACAGUGCCACCAAAAAAAAAAAGAAUUAUCGAAGUCCGAAAUCUACCAAAGGAUAAACAAGCACCUACGAUUUUAAGACCUAUCCUGCCUAAAUUGAAAUCAAAUGAGGUUAUGAAUGCAAUGAAGCUGAUAAAUCUUCCAAAUCCUCAGGCAGUAGCAGAACCAACAAAUUCACAAAAUAUAUCUCCUCGGGCUCAUCCAAAAAUCCAAGUUUUGCCUGCUCUUGUUCCAUUAUUGAAGGAAGAUCUUAAUGCUACACCUAAGGAGGGAACAGGACUACCUAAUCAUCCAAAGAUUGAUUCACAGACGGUAACUAAUACAACAAGUCAUAAAAGGAAAUUAAGCGAUGAAAGUCCCAUGCUUGCGACAGAAACGAAGCCACAGUCAUUGAAACUGACAAGUGCAUUCAUGCUAUUUGCAGAAAAACAUAGGCCAAAAGUAUCAUCAGACUAUCCAGACGAAAGUAUCAAGGAAAUAUCUCUGAGGCUUAGCAGAAUAUGGAAAAACCUAACUAAUAAUGAGAAGGACUCAUUUUAUAUAGCUGCUAGUGAAGAGAACGAAAAAAGGAGGAAAAUGAUGAAGACAUGAUUUUCAGUUAACCUAAAUUACAAAUAGAUGCAAAUUGUACAGUGUAAAUUUUAUUGGAUUUUUCAAAUUUUUGAAAAUCUUGAUUAUGUUAAGUUAUUACUCAAUAUAACUAAAUUGAUUUGA